AUGGCUCCUCCCAUCAUCCACAUCCUUGGACUCGGGAGCAUCGGGACCUUCAUCGCCCAUUCACUACGCUCCUUGCCUGCACGCCCGCCCGUGACCUUGCUCUUACAUCGACCUGGCUUGUACGAUCAGUUCUUAGCCCGUGAGGGCAAACUCCGCGUGCAGAUUGGGGAGUCUGGCCCCUCGACCGAACAGAAUGGGUUCGAGGUCGAGCUUCUGGAGAAGGGCCAAGACUCCGCCCACCAGCAGUCCACCGACCCCAUAAAAUGCUUGGUCGUCACCGUCAAGGCUUCAUCGACCAUCGCCGCUCUACAAUCGAUCCAGCACCGACUCAAUCACCAGUCCACUGUCUGUCUCCUCCAGAAUGGUCUCGGACAGAUCGAGCAGCUGAACGACCAGCUCUUCCCCAACCCACUCACCCGCCCCACCUACAUCUCCGGCAUCAUGCGACUCGGCGUCUAUUUACGAUCGCCCUUUGACGCAGUGUUGGCGGGCCUGACCGGCUCCGUUACCGUGGGGACCGUCCCCGGCAACAACAGCAACAGCAUGUCCACCCGCUACCUACUAGAUCAACUAACCGAGUCGCCCAUCCUGCAAUGCGCCGAAUCGCCCUGGGCGGACCUCUUUCAGGCCCAACUGCUCAAACUGUCCGCCAACUGCGUGAUCAACCCGUUGACGGCGGUGCUGAACGUGCGCAACGGCGCCCUCCUCGACAAUCUCGAGGUCCUGCCCCUGCAGCGCCAACUACUCCAGGAGGUCUCGCGGGUCUUCCAGCGGCUGCCCGCCCUGCGCGACCGCCCCGACGCGCAGCAGCAGUUCGCCUUCCCCUCGCUGGAGGCCUCACUGAUCAGUGUUAUCCAGCAGACGGCGAGCAACUCGAGCAGCAUGCGCGAGGAUCUGCGCAAGGGCCGCGCGACCGAGAUCGAGUUCAUCAACGGCUGGGUGGUGCAGCAGGGCGAGGCCUUGGGGGUGGGUUGCUCGGCCAACCGCAUGCUGCGGCAGCUCAUUCGGGCCAAGAGCAAUUCGGCCGGGACGGAGAAGUAG